AUGCAACCACGCCCAGUGAUGGAUGCACUGGUGCAGGGAGGCGAAAUGGAUUGUGGGCCCACGUGUGUUCGUAUUUUGAUGAAGGCCGUGACCGGGACGGAUGUGGGAAAGGCCCUCUGCGAUGAGGCCUGCGAAUGCCUGCCAGGUCGAUGCGUGGAGACGCGUCAGCUUGCUUUGGCGCUGGGACGGCUUCUGUGCCCCGAACAUGUGAGAAUUAGCUUCUGUUUUCUUUUCACGGAGCCUUGGGGCUUCGACUUUUAUCAGAAGUUCAAAUCCGAGCUGGAGGAGGAUCGAAGCGAAAGCAUCCUGCGCUUCUACCGCGAGGCCAGCGACUUGGACCUGGCGGCGGAAAGCCGUUCGGUGCCGCUGGAGGAGCUGCGGAGCUUCUUUGUGGAUUCGGUGACGGAUGUGUUUGGAGACUUCUCGUGCCGUGCGGCCAUUGUGCUGCUGGAUUGGAGCCUGGUGGCCACCUUUCUGAAGUUCGGGAGAGUGUCAGAACCGCCCACAGGCUCUUACUUCGGACACUUUUGCAUUCUGAUCGAUAUCAAAGGAGAGGAGGCCGUUUUGAUCGAUCCCAGCUCCGAAGACUGGAAGACGAGAGGUGGCCGUGGCCCUGUUUUUCAGGGUGGCUCUUUGAGGAAGUUGCCCUUGAACGUCUUCGAGGCAGCACGCAGAUCCCCUGGCACGGACGAAGAUAUCGUGUUUGUGAGCUGGCAACCCGAUGCGUCGUUGAUGCGGACCUCACAAGGUUGGCACCUGCCGGACCCCUUUCUGUCUGCAUGCUAUCAGGGCAAAUCGCAAGUGGUUUCGGCUCUUCUGAAGAAACGGGCAAGCGUGGAGCCGGCAUCGGGACAACGGCUCCGCACCACGCCGUUGGCCCUGGCGGCCUGGCGGGGACAUGCUCCGCUGGUGCGCCUGCUGCUGGAGGCCGCCGCGGCCCCCGACGGCCCGGACGGCCCGCCGCACGGCGGGCCACCGCGCUCGACCGGUGCGGCCGUGUGGUUCGCCGCGGAAGCGGGACAUGCGGAGGUUCUGCGCGAGCUUCUGCAACAUCGGGCCUCCGCCAACCUUUGCGAUGCGGAUGGGCGAAGUGCUCUGUGGGCCGCAGCGAAGUAUGGCCACGCGACGGCGGUGGAGUGCCUCCUUCAAGCAGGAGCACGUGUGGAUGAGCCAUCGUCGGAAGGGACGCCGCUGGCCGUUUCUGCGGAGAGGGGUCACGUGGAAGUGGCAAGGUGCCUGGACACCGGCAAUUGGUUUCUUUGCAUAGUUCGCUCUUUGUUGUUGUUGUUGCUGAUGAUGAAUUCUUUCAGACGAUUUGUGACCUAUGUAGAGGAGCGACCUGUGCAUCUUGCUAGUGCACCAUCUGAGGCUCCUGCUGAAGUCGCGAGCAGCUCCUGA